AUGUCCUCCGCAGAUAUACCCAAGAUUGAGGCUGGGAAUUUGUUCAACGUCAAUGGCCUUGUUGCUGUCAUCACUGGAGCCGGCUCUGGGCUGGGCCGGAUGAUGGCACGAGCACUUGCAGCCAAUGGAGCUUCGAAGGUCUUCAUCAUUGGACGUCGAGAAGCUGCAUUGAAGGAGACUGCCGAAUCCGUACCAGGAGGCAAGAUAAUACCUCUGGUCGGCGAUGUCACGUCAAAGGAAUCGUUGCAGCAAUGCUACGACAAGGUCAAAGCACAAGUGGACUCGAUCGAUGUGCUCGUCGCGAAUUCCGGCAUAUCUGGCCCAUCUGUACCGGUAUUGGACUCGGAGAGAAAGCCCGUUGGCAUUGAGCAGUUGGCGAAGAACAUGUGGGCCCCAGAACCAGAAGAUGUCAACUCGACAUACCUUGUGAACAUUACUGGCGUACACUUCACCAUUGCCGCGUUCCUGCCGCUACUCGCUGAAGCAAACAAGAAGAGGCCACAACCGACUGAGGAGAACUUCAAGCCACGGCCUCAGAUCAUCACUACGGGCUCCAUCGGCGGAUACAACAGAAACGUCCUGGGGAACCUCUCUUAUGGGCCGAGCAAGAGCGCGGUGAUGCAUAUGUCGAAACAGCUUGCUACGGCUCUCGUUAAUUACGACAUUCGUGUCAAUGUAAUUGCACCUGGUCUGUACUUCUCGGAGAUGACGGAAGGCAUGUACAAGGCUCAAGGCAAAGUCGAAACCCACAACGUGGAAGGCACAUUUGCAAAAGAUGUCGUUCCGGCCACAAGAACGGGCGACGAGCAAGAUAUGGCGGGAGUCAUCCUGUGGCUCUGUUCCCGUGCUGGCGCCUAUAUCAAUGGCUGUACGGUCGUGACCGAUGGUGGUCGACUCAGUGUGCUUCCAUCGUCGUACUAA